UCAGUGAAGUAGUCUUUUAUUUCCCGGAGUCAUGUUUUUGUUUCUUUCUAUGAUGAUAAAUUUCUCAGAAACAUAUGUAACAUUUUAUUUCAUAUUUGGCAUGUUAGUUUGAACAUUUCAUCGUGUGUUCUCUGCACCUGUCGAGAUGAGUGACUACGACAUGUCACUUGAAAAAAGACUAAAAUCUUUUCUCGGUCGACGCCGGACUUAUUAUGAAGAUAGUGAUGAUGAAGACAUCGACGAUGAUGAUAGUGAUAAGGAGAUAGAAAAGGAUAUUCAAAAGGAUUCAUGUAUAAAAGAAAAGUUUUCAUUUUAUUCAAACUUCCAUGGUAAUAAGAUUCGGAAACGUUAUGGUGGAGAAAAAAUCAAAUCAGGACUUCGAGUAAUACGAUCACGAUCAUGGACACCUCCAAACGAUUACAUACUUGAAAAGGAAGAUCCUGAAAUUGGCACUAUUAUCAAUGUUGCAAAAGGUGGUGUUGUCAAGGUCCAAUGGGACUCAUCGGAUAGUACUGACACAUGUAAAAAAGGAGAGAAUGGUCAAUUUAAUCUUCUUUUAUUGGACAAUGCGCAAAUUGGUGUUAUGCAUUUACAUGUACAGUGUGAUGGAUGCGGAGAACAUCCUCUAAGGGGAAUACGAUGGAAAUGUCGUAAUUGUGCAAAUUAUGACCUAUGCACAAGUUGUUAUAUGGAUGAUGAACAUGACGUUAAUGGUCAUACAUUUAAAAGAAUCCAAAGUGAAAAUGCUAAGGGCGAGCAGAUGAUAUCAAGAAGUAGACAAGAGAAUUAUACUGCGGCAACUGGUAUAGGAAAAGGUGCAAUAGUUAAACUUCGAAGUGAUGAUAAACACGAGGGUAUUGUUCAAGAGCUUCUGAACAAGAAGAUAGAUGCAUUUAGAUCGGAUGCAAAAGUGAAAUGGAACGACAGUGAAGGACGAUAUGCUGUAGGCACGGACGGGAAAUGUGACUUGAAAUUUAGGAAAGAAGGCAAAGGUCUAUUGUAUUAUGCGGAUCACCUGCCUGUUGUUUCAAGCGACUCUGCUUUCAAAGGACUACGAGUUGUACGAGGUCCAGCAUGGAAGGAAAAUAAUAAAGACGAUGGAGGAUUGGGAUAUGUUGGAACAAUUGUAAAGGUUCAUAAGAAACCAUCAAGAAAUACCACAAUGGAGGACAAAUCAAUGCAAGAUCAAGGAACAUCAAGAGAUCAGAAGAAAAAAUCGCAGAUCGUUGAUGUUCAAUGGGAUAAUGGAAACAUUCGCCAAUAUGAUGUACAGAAUGAAGUGCUUCGAAUUUUAGACAAUGGACCUUUAGGCGUUGAACAUGAAUAUUGCUGUGACAUAUGUAAUGAACCAGAUGAAAACAAAUGCAUUAAAGGUUUCAGGUGGCAAUGUUUGGAUUGUGAGGAUUAUAAUUUAUGCCAUAAGUGUUAUAUGGAAGAUAAACAUGAAGCAACGCACAGGUUUCAAAGAGUUGUUGCACCAAACAAAUGGGAACAAACUUCCACAUUUACUAGAGAAAAUUCGAAGAGGGUUCAAUCAUAUGGAAUUUUCAAGGGUGCACAGGUGGUUGAAUUUGAUGCUCAGAUUUCGGACGAAUCAACACCAAAUGAAGCAACUGGAAAGGUAACAGAAAUUUGUAAUUGCAAAAUGGACAAUGGACGAAGCGAGGUCGAAGUAAAAUGGUCAUUGAGAAAUGAUAAACGGCAUGAAACUACAAGCACACAUGAUAUACUGGAAUUGCAAAGCACAAAGGGAUUUUGGAUUUACGUAUAUCAUGAGCAUCUUCCGAUCUUAGGAAAGGGUUUUCGUGGAUAUUUUGACGUUGACUUUGUAUUUGAUAACACCAAACCAACGAAAAAGAUAAAAGUAACAAUUUGGCGAAAUAUCCAACAAGAAAAAAAAGUAAAAACCUUUAAACCCAGCUUGUUUAUUGUAUUCGCUGAUCACCCUGAAGUUGAAAAAAGAGAUGGAACUCAACCAAAAGAAGACAAUAUAAAAAAACUGGUUGAAGAAGUCAUGGAAUUUGCAAAAAAGACACGAUUACCAUGCCUUGUUGCAGGAAGAAAGGUUAUGUUUUACGGUGGAUCAUCCAACUCUGUUUUUAUUCACUACAAAACAGACAAGGAUAUUAUUCAGGAACUUGUUAAAAAAGGAUUCAAACAGUUUGAACGAGGUGAUGUUGCGAAAGACGAGGACGAUAUUCAAUAUUUUCAACGAAUGGCAGAAUAUGUUUACGGAGAAACAGUUUUGCCAGUCAUUAUUUCACUAAGAAAGGGUGCAUUUAGGAAACAGGUGAUGCGCAGUGCUGCACAAUCUCAAAUACCGAUAAUUCGAUUUAAGAAACAUUCAUUUGAUGUUACUGUUUUGACACCCGUGAAGUUUACUAACAAUGAAAGAUCAGUUAAGAUGACAGAACAUAAUACAAAUGUUAAGAAUCCAUGGAGUGUCCAGAAAUCGAAAUCAAAGUUUUAUGAUAUAGGACGCUAUGAUAAUGAGGAUGAUCCAGACGAAAUAGCAUUCCUCUCAGAGGGUCCAUCUGACUUCAAAGAUAAUUUCGAUGCUAUAAUAUGCUAUUAAAUAAUUGGAGUGUCGAUGGAAAGCAAGUCUCAGAAAAAGGGGAAAUACACUGAUAUAUAUCCGAAUGCAUUAUCAAUGUACCUUUUAAAGGAAGGAAAAUGGAAGAUUCCAAAAGAACACAUAACGAAGUCG